CGGGCAGCAUGGCGGGCAGCAUGGCGCGGGCAGCGCUGCGGCGCGGCGGCAUCGGCCACCGCCUGGCGCGGCCGCCGGCGCUCGGCGGGAGGGCGGCUGCGGCGGGCUGGAGCGGCCCGGCGGCAGGAGGAGCGGUGCAGUACUGCGCCGAGCUGGUGCGGAAACAUGACUAUGAAGGGUUUCUGUGUUCUCUGCUGUUGCCUGCGGAAUCUCGAACCUCUGCUUUUGCCUUGAGAGCCUUCAAUGUGGAACUGGCUCAGAUCAAAGACUCCGUAACUCAGAAGACUACAGGUUUGAUGCGGAUGCAGUUCUGGAGAGAUGCUGUGGAGGGCAUAUAUGGUGAUAAGCCACCACAUCAGCCCGUUGCUACAGAACUGUGGAAGGCUGUCAAGAGGCAUAACUUGACUAAAAUGUGGUUCAUGAAGAUCAUAGAUGAAAGAGAGAAGAAUUUGGAUGAUAGGGCGUACCGUAACAUCCAGGAGCUCGAAACGUAUGCUGAGAACACUCAGAGUGCUCUCUUGUACCUCACCCUGGAAACGCUGGGUGUGAGGGACAUCCAUGCUGACCAUGCAGCCAGUCACAUUGGGAAAGCACAAGGCAUAAUAACCUGUUUAAGGGCAACCCCGUAUCAUUGUACAAGACGAAAGGUCUUUCUCCCCAUGGACAUUUGUAUGUUGCAUGGAGUUUCACAAGAGGAUUUUAUAAGAGGCAAGCAAGAAAAAAAUGUGAGAGAUGUAAUAUAUGACAUCGCCAGCCAGGCCCAUAUUCAUCUGGAACAUGCUAGAUCUUUCAGUAAGAAAGUUCCUGUGAAGGCGUAUCCUGCUUUUUUCUGUACGGUUGCUUUAGAUGAUUAUUUAUAUAACAUGCGAAAAGUGGACUUCAAUAUAUUUCAUCCAAGCUUACAAAAGAAGAGUACAUUAUUACCAUUGUAUUUGUAUAUUAGAUCUUGGAAAAAAACAUAUUAAAGUUUGUUUGGUUAUUUUAAUAUGGAUUCAGAGUGCUGAGUUUUUUUCUUCAAUGUCUUAACUUGCUAGAAUUGUGAAGUGUCUGACUUCACACUUCUGCAAAAUGCAGUUCCAGGGAAACAGCAGAUGCACAUGAACUGUAGCUGUCAGCUUGCUGGCAGUAGCUUCUUGGAAUAUUAGGCUGAUAUCUCUUUUUCACUUGUCUGCCAAGUCAUAUGUCCUUGUCUGAAAUUGCUUUUCUUGUCUUUCCUGUAAUAACAGCAGUAUGACAGAAUACUUGGACUAACACUUUGCUAAUGGAUACAUCUGACAGUUCUGAUUCUUUGCUGAGAAAAGGAAAAAGAAAAAAGACUGCUUUGUUGGUGCCCAAAAACAAUUACAGUAAAUGCCCUAUAAAUCAGCUAAGUAAUUCUGUUUAAUUCAAGGAGCAGGCUUCCUGCAAGUAGUGAUGAUGCUUCAAAGUUGGAAGAAUGAGCAUGUGUGUUUGAAUGCAAGAAAACUGACAGGAAAAGCUUUAGCAGAAAUUAUUUAGCUGUGUGUUGAGAUUGAGCAUUGAAGUGACUAUAGGUAGUGGGAGGAUAGCUUUGCAACGAAGGAAGAGAGCCCAUACGUUAAUAUGUAUGGAUUAGCACGGAUAGAACAAAAUACAUUUUUAUUUCUGGCAUUUUCAUUCUGCUCUUGGUUUGGCUGCAUCUUCCUCCUGGCCUCGUUUGUGCUGUUGCCCACAGCUGUCACUGCAAUGUGGGUUUGACUGCCCCUUUGUUGAGUAUUCAGCAUGUCUCUCAGGACACACUCCUGCGUGGCUUCCCUGAAUUCCUUUCCUUCGGUACUGUGAAAACAUAUUCCUGAAUGUUUCAGGUCAUUUUAGUACUCUCUCUCUCUAAAGAUACUUGUCUGGAUUUUUUUGUGGGAAAUUACUAAUAGCUUUAUACUUGGCAUCGCUUAGGAUCAAGGUAAUUAUUUCUGUUUGAUUUAUUAUUUGUUAUUUGAUGUUGUUCCUAACAUUCAUCUUAAUUCAAUUGCACAAAUCUGGUAUUUUGUUCUGCUUUCAUCCUUGUUCUAGUAAAUAGCUGCUUUUCCUAGAGAUUUUUUUUCUUAAAUCUGGGCUAAUCACCCCAGUUACUUGGCUGUAUAACAACAUCCUGUAUGUUUGUGUAAAAUGCUACAUAAUGAAUUUCUGUGAACAAGAUUUGUGGCUUUUUUACCACAAACUGUCAGCAUGGUAGAAAUCUUAGAAACCUGACAUUAAGUUCUUCAUUUGGUGAUUUUGCUUUACAUGUUUGAAGUUGGUUUGUGAUCUUGGUUAAUCUGCAGUUUUUUAUUCCUGAGUAAGACAUUUCUCUUUGAAUUUGUUCAGCUCAGGAUUCUGGUUUCUGUAUUAUUAGAGGUAGAGUAAUCAAGGUGAUACAAACCAAGAAGAAUCAGUAUGUACUAAAUUGGGAGCAUACUGGUUUUCUUAAUGUAAAAUUUUACAGGCUCUGUCCACUUUUCAGAUCAGCUGCAGAAUCAUAUCACUGGUGUUUCUGAAUGUGGCAAAGAGGUCUGGUGAAAAGAAAAUGUUUAAUUCCUAUGCAGGCACUGCAGCUCUUCCUGCCAAAUGAAGAGCAAAGGCUUAGGCUCUGUUCCUGCUACCAGGGCAGCUGCACAUUCACUCUGUUUAUUUUGUGAUCUGGAGCAAGCAUUACAAACGCCUCUUUCUGCACUUGGUCAUGUUUUGUUCCAAAUGUGCUGAGUCAGGCCAGUUGAGGCAGACCUGUCUGUGCUCUCAGAAGGAUUCACUCUCCUGUAAAGUCUUCUCCUAGGCAGCUAGCGACAAGGUAAGAGGACACAGCCUUAGGCUGUGCCAGGGGAGGUUUAGGCUGGACAUUGGGAGGAAUUUCUUCAUGGAAAGGGUUGUUAAGCAUUGGAACAGGCUGCCCUGGGAAGUGGUGGCAUCACCAUCCCUGGAAGUGUUCAAAAAACAACUGGAUGUGGCACUUAGUGCUAUUGCUUACAAAAUGGAGAUCAGUCAAAAGUUUGACUUAAUCUCAGGUCUUUUCCAACCUAAAUGAUUUUCUAAUGCUGUAAUAUUUCCUUUCUCAUCAUGGC